UGUAUAUCAUCACUACUUGUCUGGUGGUAUUCUCUCUUACAAUUCUCUCAACUUCUCCUUCUCUUACCAUACUUUCUUGGUCUUCUGCUGUUUCAGCUCUUCCAAAAUGGCUGAACAAAUACCAUUCAAUACUAUAGCUAACGUUUUAACCAAGUUGGGCUCCUCGGCUUUUCAACAAAUUGGAUCUGCGUUUGAUGUGACAAAAGAGUUGACGAAGCUUACGAAGAAGCUGCACACCAUCAAAGGUGUACUGGUUGAUGCUGAGAAGAGGCAGGAGGAGAGCGAUGCGGUAAAAGCUUGGGUGAGGAGGCUCAAAGAUGUUGUGUAUGAUGCUGAUGACUUGUUGGAUGACUUUGAGACGCUUCAGCUGCAGCGUGGAGUAGCAAGGCAGGUCAGUGACUUCUUCUCGUCUUCCAAUCAAGUUGUAUUUCGUUUUAAGAUGACUGAUAGACUCAAGGAUAUCAAAGAAGAGGUUGAUGAAAUUGUGAAAGAAAUCCCUAUGCUAAAACUUAUUCAAGGGAAAGUAGUUCACAGGGAGGUAGAGAGUAGUCGGAGAGAGACUCACUCAUUUGUGUUGACCUCUGAAAUGCUAGGAAGAGAUGAAGAGAAAGAGGAGAUAAUAAAAUUGUUGGUGUCAUCCGGGAAUGAAAAAAAUCUUUCUGCUGUUGCCAUCAUUGGAAUUGGAGGGUUGGGUAAGACCACCCUUGCUCAGCUGGUAUAUAAUGAUAUGAGAGUAGUUGACUUUUUUGAGCUUAAGAUAUGGAUUUGUGUUUCUGAUGAUUUUGAUGUAAAGUUGCUGGUUAAAAAAUUUUUGGAAUCCUUUAGUGGUGGAGAUGUAGAUUUGGGGUCAUUAAACGUUUUGAAAGAUUCCCUGCAUGAAAAACUAAGGCAGAAGAGAUACUUGCUAGUACUUGAUGAUGUUUGGAAUGAUGACUCCCUAAAAUGGGAGGAAUUGAGGACCUUGUUAAUGGUUGGUGAUAAAGGGAGUAGGAUUCUAGUAACCACCCGAAAUAGAAACGUUGCAUCAACUAUGGGUAUUGAUCAUUUUCCUUUUUCUUUGAAAGGUUUGAAAGAAAACCAGUCUUGGAAUUUAUUUUUAAAAAUAGCAUUUGAAGAAGGACAAGAAAGACUGUAUCCAAGCCUUGUAGAAAUUGGAAAAGAAAUUGUAAAUAUGUGUAAAGGAGUUCCUCUUAUCCUCAAAACACUAGGAGCAAUAUUGCGCAUUAAAACUGAAGAAAGUAUGUGGUUGUCCAUUAAAAACAACAAAAAUUUGUUGUUAUUGGAAGGUGAAAAUAAUAAUAGUGUUUUAUCAGUGCUCAAGUUAAGCUAUGAUGCUCUACCAUUCCAUUUGAAGCAAUGUUUUGGUUAUUGUGCGUUAUUUCCAAAAGACUAUGAGAUUGAGAAAAAAGUGUUGGUACAAUUAUGGAUGGCACAAGGAUAUAUUCAAGCUUCAGGUGUAGGAAACUGGUAUUUUGAGGAAUUGUUGUCAAGAUCAUUAUUGGAGGAGGUUACAAAAGAUGCAUAUGAUAAUACAUCAUAUUACAAAAUGCAUGAUCUUAUACAUGAUCUUGCACAAUCAGUUGUUGGAUUUGAGGUCCUUUGUUUAGGAAAUAAUGUGAAGGAGAUCUUGGAAAGAGUUUAUCACGUUUCAUUCUCUAAUUCGUUGAAUCUUACGGGGAAGGAUUUGAAGCUAAAACACAUAAGGACCAUGUUGAAUGUUAAUAGAUAUUCUAAAAAUGAUUCAGUUGUGCGUACUCUUAUUCCAAAUUUUAAGAGUUUACGUGUGUUGAGCCUACAUGGAUUCAGUGUAAAAAAGGUGUCGAAAUCUUUAGGCAAAAUGAGUCAUUUAAGAUAUCUCGAUCUUUCAUAUAAUAAUUUCAAGGUACUCCCAAAUGCUAUUACAUGGUUAUAUAAUUUGCAAACAUUAAAACUUAUUAAUUGUGGGCAUGUAAAAAAAUUUCCCAAGGAUAUGAGGAGAUUGAUUAAUCUUAGGCACUUGGAGAAUCAAGGGUGUGGGAGUUUGACUCAUAUGACAUGUGGGAUGGGAGAGUUAUCUUUGCUUGAAAGCCUACCACUGUUUGUUGUUGGAACUGGGAGUAAAGUUGGCAGAUUGAGUGAAUUAAAAAUGCUGAACAACCUCAGAGGAGAAUUGUGGAUUGAAAAGCUUGAAAACGUGAUGGAUGCUAAGGUAGAAUCCAGGGAAGCAAAUUUGGUCGAAAAACAAUACAUUGAGUCCUUGGGAUUAGAAUGGUCAUAUGGUCAAGAAGAACAGUCAGGUGAGGAUGCUGAGUCAGUGAUGGUAGGCCUCCAACCACAUCGAAACCUAAAGGAUCUCUUUAUAAUAGGAUAUGGAGGUAAGGGAUUUCCACGUUGGAUGAUGAAUGGUGAAUUGAGUACCAUGCUCCCUAACCUCACCACAAUUUAUUUGGCAUCAUGUUUAGGAUGUCAGACUCUACCAUGCAUUGUUCGACUCCGUCACCUCAAGUCUCUGAAGCUUCAUCAUCUGGGAAAGGUGGAGUACAUGGAGUGUUCAUCAGAAGGGCCAUUCUUCCCAUCUCUUCAAAAUCUCUAUCUGAGUUCUAUGCCAAAGUUGAAGGAAUUAUGGAGGAGGGACUCAGCAACACAAUCACCUCCUUCAUUUCCUUGUCUUUCACUAUUGCUGAUCAAGAAGUGUGAUGACUUGGCAUCCUUAGAAUUGUAUCCGUCUCCUUGUGUUUCUAGUAUAGAAAUCACCUUUUGCCCUAAGUUGACAUCCUUACUACUACCUUCAUCUCCUCUUCUUUCACAAUUAGAGAUUAGGUAUUGUGGUGACUUGGCAUCCUUGGAACUGCAUUCAUCUCAUCUUCUUUCUAGUUUAUACAUCUCCCAUUGCCUUAAGCCCACAUCCUUGAAACUGUCUUCCUUACCUUGCCUUGAGAGUCUGUGUCUGAAUGAAGUGAAAGAGGGGGUAUUGCGGGAGUUAAUGUCGGCCACUGCUUCUUCAUUGAAGUCUGUGAGGAUUCAAGACAUAGAUGAUUUGAUGUCUCUCCCAGAUGAGCUUCAUCAACAUAUUUCCACUCUUCAAACUCUCAAAAUUGGGGACUGCUCUCAUUUUGCAACAUUACCACAUUGGAUAGGCAACCUCACCUCGCUUACACACCUUCGAAUCACAAAUUGUCCUAAAUUGACAUCAUUACCCCAAGAGAUGCAUUCCCUCACUGCCCUACACACACUCUCAAUUGACUACUCUUGUGGUUUGACAUCAUUACCAAACUGGAUAGGCGGCCUCACCUCGCUGACUGAUCUUGAAAUUGGUUCUUGUCCUGAAUUGACUUCAUUGCCAGAAGAAUUGCAUUCUCUUAGAAUCCUCAAGAGUCUCACAAUUCACGACUGGUCUAGUUUGACAACAUUACCAGCUUGGAUAGGUAGCCUCUCAUCACUUGAAUACCUUCAAAUUCGUAAAUGCCCUAAAUUGAUAUCACUGCCGGAAGAUAUGCGUUCCCUCACAACCCUCUACCUACUCGAAAUCUCCGACUGUCCACACUUAUCUAAAAGAUGCCGAAGGGAAAAAGGUGAAGACUGGCCCAAGAUUGCUCAUGUCCGAAUAAAAGUGGAUGACGGGUUUGAUGCAGAAAUCCAUUUGAGCUGAAUAAGAAGUUCAGUGAGGAACUAAAUCUGAUUGAAGUUCACAUUGGCCUCCUCUUCAUGGAAGUCUCAAAAUAUCUCUGCCAGAGGUGGGACUGUGACACCUCCCUUCUCUCGAGGACUGUAAACUGUCUGUGUAGAGAAUAAUGUAUUUGUCUUAGCGUAUUCAGCAUGUCACAGCUGUUGAGAAGAACUUCAUCUGUUAGAGAAUGAGGAUGAUAGCAACCAUAUAUUUCGGGUGAACUAUUUUAUUGAAGAUGUAAUUGUUGCCACAUCAAAGUAAAACCUGAUAGUGUUGUAAGCAAAAGGAGAUAGUGUUGUGGCUGAAACACCUCAUUUCCCUUCAGUAACUGGAAAGCAAGGAUUCUCUUUUGCAAUGAUUCCACACCUCACUUUUCUGGAGCUAUUGAAAAUUCAAAGCUGUUGUGUCCUAAUGUGUCUGUCUCAAGUGAUUCCUAAUCACUACCCUUGAAGCCUCACAAGCUAUCUCUACGGUUUGGCCUUCAGUUGUUGACUACCCUGAUAUGAAAGCACUUCCAGAAGAGAUGCGCCGUGAGCCUACUAUCUAAGCUUAGAAACAUGCCGAAAGGAAAACUCAAAGACUAACCUCUUGAAAUUUCUCAAGUUCCCACAAAUGAUGUUGACUAGAAAUGAUGGUUGAUUCUUGAAUUGAUCUUGCUCUCUUCAAUUCAAGCAUGUCAUCUACAGUAUGUUUUAGGUGUUAAUAGUUUUCAAGAUAAUGCAAAAAAAGGUGAUGGUGAAGAUAAGUUGAAUAUUGCCUAUGCCUUCUGAUAUAUCUUGACAGGCUAUUGAGAGCUAGUGCAAUAGGAAAGGCUUUGCUCACUUGCUGAGGGACAGACUCUCUUCUCUGUUCUAAAUUGACAACAUUCCCAGGCUGGAUAAGCAGACUCACAUUACUUGCAGAGCUCCGAAUUCAUUCUUGCCCUCAAUUGAUAUCAUCACUAGACGAGAUGGAUUCCCUCAGCACUCUACAAAGACUCACAAUUUGGGACCGUUCUAGUUUGACAACAUUACUAGACUGUAUUGGUAGCCUCACAUCAGCUGUUCUUGUUUAGCAGCUUUAUCAGACUGAAUAACCAUCCCGACCUCUCUUAAUGAGCUUCAGAAUGAUGUCAGCCUUAAAUUGAAAUCACUGCCAGAGGGGGAUGUGUCCCCUCAGCACUUCAAUGUUGUCGAAAUUGACAUGGAUGGCUGAUUCAUAAAGGAUUUCUGUUCUAUAAUUCAAGCAUGUCAUCUACAAUAUAUUUCAGAUGUAAUUGGUGUAAAUUCAAUGUAAAAAGGGAUAAUGGUGGGGCUUGGACAUCUCUAUCAGUGGAUGCAAUAUUUAAUCACCUUUGAGAGGUGGAAUAAAUGUUACAGAGAGACUUUUUUGUCGAAUACUAAGUUGAUGCCUCCGUUAUUGGAGCUUGGAAAUGUGAACAUCAUGGAAAUCCUUAAAAUCAUCCAUUUCUCUUGUUUUGUAACUUUACUAGACUAGAAGACAGCUUGACAUCUCUUAAUGAGCUUGAAAAUGCUGUUGGCCCAGAAUGGGAAUCACUGCCAGAAGGAAUGCAUCACUCAACACUUCAACUUUCCUGAAAUUGAUAUUGACUAGCAAUGGUACCUGAUUUAAUAGGAUUUCUGUUCUUCAAUUGAAGCUUGUCAUCUACAACAUAUUUCAGUGAGGAACUAAAGCUGAUUGGAGUUCACAUUGGCCUUGCCUUCAUGUAAGUCUCCAAAUAUCUCUGCUAGAGGUGGGACUGUGACACCUCCCUUCUCUCCAAGACUGUAAACUGUCUGUGCAGAGAACAAUGUCUUUGUCUCAACAUAUUCCGCAUGUCACAGCCGCUAAGAAGAACAUCUGUUUGAGAAUGAGGAUGAUGACAGUGGCACACAAUUCAAAGGGAAGCCUCAUAACCAUAUGGAUUGGUGGCUUGACACCACUGGAAGGUAACGAUCCAUUGGCACUCUACACAGCCUCAAAAUCUCUUAAUACAUAAGGAGAAGAUGCCAAAAGGAAAAUGACAAAUUUAUAUUGACAAGUAAUAGAUGGCUGGUGCAUGAAGGACUCACUGGUCUCUUUUAGUUCGAGUGAGUCUUCCACAAUUCCAGUUGGGUACACAAGCAAAAGAGAAUUGUUUUCCAUGCUAUUUGUGAGUGCUUGAGCCACCGUGACAACACAGUUAUGCUGUUUGAGCCCUUCAAUGUUCCAGAGACAAAUGUUGGCCAGUUAUGGAUGGCUGAUGAAUAUGAAAAGGGUUAUCUCAAUUGCAUCACCAACCUUAGCCCUCAGUUUUUGUUACUGGUCACAAUCAUUCUUUCUAUUCAGGUUUAUGCUUUUGAUCCCUUUAUUGUUUAUUACUUCUCAAUCAGUUUGUUAAAAAAGUGUUCUACUUUGCUUGCAAUGUUGAUUUUUUUAUUCCCAUGUGUAGUCUAUAGCUGAGAGUUGAGUGAGCAGCAUAUACUGCUGAAUCAGUAAAACAUGAGUUUGGUUAAUUCCCAUCUUUGAAGCUUCUCAAGCUUGGGAACCUAAAUGGUUUGCAUUGACCAUUGAAGGUAGCACUAUUCUUCUCAUAUCUGAAGUAGCCAGACUCAAUAGUUUGAAAAAGUACUUUGAAAGGGAGUACCAUUGCCAGAAAUACUAACACUUUGGUGAGGAGCACACGUAGUACUAAAUCAUAAGAAAAUUUGGUUUCCCCACUGUUCUAAAUUUUCUUGAGCAUGGGAAUCUAAAUACUCUGAAAUAUACUGACAGUAAUGGUAAUUACUUUUCUUGAUCUUCAUAUUCUAUUUCAUUGAAAGGGAAUUUGGUGUAUCACUCUUCCUAUUCUCAAAAUACUCUAACUUAGGUUAAGUAUUUUAUUGCAGAGGAUGUUUGAUCAUUACUUGGCUGAUUAUGUCAUCCUACAAUUGCCCUUGAAGUUAGAGCUACUUGUUGUACAUAUGCCUUGGCAUCCUGUAUUGUGGUGUACUAUUGAAAAUCAUUUGAAUAAAAUUUUGGUAUUAAUGAAAUGACAUAUGGCUCUCAAACUAUUCUAAUCUUGGACCCCUCUAUAUAUAAUAUGUAUGCAGAGAUCCAACGUGGGGUUGAUGCUACAAGAGCUACACUGAUGAUCCCAAAAUUGUGCAGGAAAUGACAAAUUAUGCCUGGGUUUCAAGGUGAGAUUCCUGCCAAUUCAAGGAAGGGCAUUCCUUAUGUUGGUGGAAAAGUUUUUACCAAGUUGCCAAUGUAAAAUCGGAGUGGAACUGAAUCAAAACUUUCACUAUUUUGUCUGGCACAGGCAAAGCAACUUGAGUAAAAUUUGGUCUAGAUAGGUGCAAAAUACUUGGCUAUGGGAUCAAUGGAACGGAACCUCCACAUAUUUGGCCUCCUUGGAGAUGAUGGUCCAAUAGAGUCAUAAAACACCUUCAGCUCAACCUUAUUCCAGAAACAACCCUCUCAGUAUUUCCUGCAGCUGUUGGGUCAAGUGUAUUUUACAGGCUUUGAGUAAUGGUGUAAUUUUGAGCUUUAUCAUAUUUAAUCCUUUGGUGUUGACUGGAUGCUCCAAUUCUAAUCCGUUAAGAAUUCUGCAGCAAUCAUCCCUAGGCCCAGCGAGCUAUUGCGCCUGAUGAUUUACCAAAAGAGAACUGCACAAUGUCUUCAUUGGAGCCAAAUGUUUUACCAACUCCUACAGAUAGAAAGUCUCUAGGGGAAAAAGGUUGAGCGGCUCUACUAGAUACUCCAGGCAUCCAACUAUGAUGAUUUACUCUGCUAUCAAGAAUUAUGUCGUGUCCAUAAUGCUACUGAGUUCUCAACCGACAUUGGUUCAGAAUUAGAAGAAUCUACUAGAAAUCAUUCUCAGCUUGAUGGAUAUCAUCUUCAUCCGUCCUUCAGAAGAUGGUACCAUUCCAUUGAAUAUCAUUGCAGAGGGCACCAAACUUUCCGUAGAGAAUGUGGAAUAUCUUCUCAUGAAGAGCCUUUCUGCAUUUCUUGUAACUUCAGAAGGAUUUGACUAUGUUAGCCCUUGACAAGGACCAUCCGACACUAAGGCCUCAUGAGUGAUCUAGGACUAUAGCAAGGUGGCACAAGGGCUCAAUACCUUGCGCAAGGAGAUGACUUGGUGAGCCAUGGACACAAUACCAUGGCAGGUGUAGCACCAAGAGAGAGACUCGAAUAGGGCACAUCAAUGUGAAAAGUCGAAGUAGGACAUCAAAGCUUGCCAGUCAUAACAGUCCAAUGAUACCUCCAUCUCUAGUUCUUAGACUAUUUUAGAAGUAAAAAUUAAUCACCAUUCUAAAGAACUUCUCGUGUGACAAAUGUUUUCUGUGAUCUAUAAAUGUGAUUCAAGUAAUUACGUUGGAAAUAUAUUUCAUGAAGCUUUAAUGGGAUAUGUUAAUGUGUUCUUCUAAUAAAUAAUUUCAUGAAAUUUCAAUUAUAGGUUAUG